AUGGACGCGUGGGUCGAAAAGGACAUGGCUUACAUCAAAAUGGAGUUGUGUUCACACAUCAGCGGAAGCCAUGAGUUUAACCGAAUCAUUCACAGAGACUUAAAACCCGACAAUAUAUUACUCACACAUACCGUAACCAACGGCCGGUUCUUCAAGUUAUGCGACUUUGGGUUAGCCGUACUCCACGAGGGGACAGGCAGUCAGCAUACGGGAGGUGUGGGUACUCUGAGAUAUAUGGCACCGGAGGUUAAACUUAAUGCUAAAUACACGACAAAAGCCGAUGUCUAUAGUCUGGCAGUCAUUGCAUACGAAUUGGAAAAUGACCUGGAAAUAUAUUCAUCAAGCUCAUUUUACGAUCAACGCCUAUUUCUGGAGUGUAUGUUGGAGUCAAUGAUGCAAACAAUGUCCAUCCGUAGGCCAGGCUGUCCACAAAAAUAA